AUGGAGCAUUCAUCGCAAUGCAUCUACCGGAUUAAGCCGGUUGUCCGCAACUAUGACUGGGGAGCUCCGGCGAGGUCAUCGUUGGUGUACCGCCUAUAUUCCCACGUAGCAGGGCUCCCCUCCACGCCUCCUUCAGACGAAGUAGGCAACACACCCUAUGCCGAGCUAUGGGUCGGAGAUCAUGACUCCGCUCCUUGCGUUGUAAUCGACCUUAAAUCACGCACUCCGAACGCUAAUGGGCUGAAUGGGUCCACGGAUGGCCCUGAGCAUGGAAUUGCAGGUUCUCCGUCCACCUCAGCCACCAAAGGAGUUACACAUGAGCUAGUAUCAAACAACGGGCGUGGAGAAAGGCUCUCCUCCGUGUACAAACGCAUGGGAAUGCAGUUAUUUGGGCAAGAAAACAAUGGAGUUCCCAUACUGCUAAAAGUUCUCUCAAUCGCAAAGCCGCUGAGCCUGCAAAUACACCCGGACCCCGACACCGCAUUGAGGAUGUUUGCACAAAAACAUCCGAGCAUUGUUGAUUGCCAGGCGAAGCCCGAAAUGAGUGUGGCUCUCAGUCGAUUCCGUGCCAUGUGCGGAUUGAGACCGCUGAGUGAAAUUGUACAGUAUGCGGAACGCUAUCCGCCAUUCGCGCGCAUGAUAGGGGAUUAUAUUUUGACGUGCAUGAGGCAGUCUGAAUCGGCCAACAGUGGCACUAUCUAUGCAAAUCUGUGUCGGCGUUUGCUCCUAGAGCAAGGCGAAACUAAUGUAAUCGGGGAACUUGUGAAAUUAGUGAAGGAAAGACCCGAUCACGAUAUAUCUGAACAAGUCAUUAUCACACUGAACGACGUAUACGGCAAUGACAUUUGCGUUUCCUUUGCUUUCGUUCUGAAUUGUGUAGAAAUACAGCGUGGGGAAGCGUUCUUCAUACCUCCAAAUGUCCUGCACAGCUACACCAGUGGGAACUGCUUGGAACUCAUGAACAAUAGUGACAACGUGAUCCGAUGCGGACUUACCUCCAAGGCUACUGACACCAAAGCUGUCAUGGAGCUUGUGGACGUUGAAGUACAAAGAGGUGAUGCGUUUCCACAGCAUGUAAAUAAGAUAAUUCCGGAAAACGUAUCACCCCACGUUAAGAUUUACCGUCCUUCGCACCCGCUUUGCAAAUUCGCUGUCUGGUCAUUCGAGGUACCACCAAAGGCACAUGUUUCCCAUUUGUUUAGUAACGGAACACGGCCGUUUUUAUGUGUAAUAGUGGAGACCAAUGAUGAGGUUGAUGUCAGUUAUAGUUCAACACAGAAAGAUGGAGAUGAAGAGGCGACUGCUGCCUCCCAAGAACAGGUGCCAACGGGGCUGGGUGACACAUUCUUCUUAUACCCCAAUGUAACUCUAAACGUCAAAAAUAAUGGGGAUUCGCACUUUGUGAUGUACCUCGGCACGGAAACAUGA